AUGGCCCACCAGCUAACCCGCCGCGCUGCCACCAUCCUCCGACCAGCCUCAGCCACCGCCUCCGCCGCCCGAUGCCUCACCACCUCCGACACCACCCCGAUCACCGUCGAGACCCCGCUCCCCUUCACUGCCCACAACCUCGAUCCGCCGUCCCGAUCCGUUGAGACCACCCCGAAGGAGCUCCUCUCCUUCUUCCGCGACAUGGCCCUGAUGCGCCGCAUGGAGAUCGCCGCCGAUUCCCUCUACAAGGCGAAGCUGAUCCGAGGGUUCUGCCACCUGUACGACGGGCAGGAGGCCGUCGCCGUUGGGAUGGAGGCGGCGAUCACCAAGAAGGAUUGCAUAAUCACGGCCUACCGCGACCACUGCAUCUUCCUGGGCCGUGGGGGAACGCUCCUGGAGACGUUCGCCGAGCUCAUGGGGAGGAAAGACGGGUGCUCUAAGGGGAAAGGGGGCUCGAUGCAUUUCUACAAGAAGGACGCAGGAUUUUACGGCGGCCAUGGGAUUGUUGGGGCUCAGAUUCCGCUGGGGUGUGGAUUGGCUUUCGCGCAGAAGUACAGUAAAGAUGAGAACGUCACGUUCGCUAUGUACGGAGACGGUGCGGCCAAUCAGGGUCAGCUGUUUGAGGCUCUGAACAUGGCUGCGCUAUGGGAUCUGCCAGCGAUUCUCGUCUGCGAGAACAAUCACUAUGGAAUGGGCACAGCAGAGUGGAGGGCAGCUAAAAGUCCAGCUUAUUACAAGAGAGGAGAUUAUGCUCCUGGGUUGAAGGUUGAUGGUAUGGAUGCCCUUGCAGUGAAACAAGCAUGCAAGUUCGCAAAGGAGCACGCCCUAAAGAAGGGCCCUAUUGUCCUUGAAAUGGACACAUACAGAUACCAUGGACACUCCAUGUCUGAUCCUGGGAGCACAUACCGUACACGUGACGAGAUUAGUGGUAUUAGACAGGAGCGUGAUCCAAUUGAAAGAAUCAGAAAGCUUAUACUAUCACACGAUCUUGCCACUGAAAAGGAAAUGAAGGACCAUGAAAAAGAAGUGAGGAAACAGGUGGAUGAAGCUAUUGCACAAGCUAAGGAGAGCCCCUUUCCAGAUUCCUCUGAGCUAUUUACAAACGUAUACAAGAAAGGCUUUGGAGUCGAGGCUUUUGGGGCUGACAGGAAAGAGUUGCGAGCUGUUCUUCCAUGA